GCGCAGACUGCGCCCCGCCGCCGCCGCCGGUGCCGCGUCCUCCUCCUCCUCCCUCCUCCGCCGCGGCGGCGAUGUGACCCCCCCCCCCCGCCUCCUCCGCGCCCCGCGCCGCGAACAUGGCGGAGCCUUCUGUUGAGUCUUCAAGCCCAGGAGGUUCAGCAACAUCUGAUGACCAUGAAUUUGAUCCAUCAGCUGAUAUGCUGGUGCAUGACUUUGAUGAUGAACGGACAUUAGAAGAGGAGGAAAUGAUGGAAGGAGAAACAAACUUCAGUUCUGAAAUAGAGGAUCUUAACAGGGAAAGUGAUAUGCCAAUCCAGGAGCUCCUUAGCCUUUAUGGCUAUGAUGGUACCAUUCCACUGCAAGAAGAUGAUGAUGAUGAAGAUGAUGAAGAGGAAGAGGAGGAGGGAGAUGAUGAUGAUGAUGUUGAUAAUGAUGACAACAGCGGCUGUAGUGGAGAAAACAAAGAGGAGACUAUAAAGGAUUCAUCUGGGCAGGAAGAUGAGACACAGUCAUCUAAUGAUGACCCAGCACCAUCUGUUGCUUCUCAAGAUCCACGGGAGAUAAUUCGCCCUCGUCGAUGUAAAUAUUUUGAUACAAACAGUGAAAUAGAAGAGGAAUCUGAAGAUGAUGAGGAUUAUAUUCCAUCAGAAGACUGGAAAAAGGAAAUCAUGGUGGGCUCUAUGUUUCAAGCUGAAAUUCCUGUUGGUGUAUGCAAAUACAAAGAGAAUGAAAAAGUGUAUGAAAAUGAUGACCAGUUGCUGUGGAAUCCUGACUUCUUACCAGAAGAUAAAGUGAUCGAGUUCCUAAAUGAAGCAUCAAGGCGUACGGGUGAUGAGAAAGGCCUGGAUGCGAUUCCUGAAGGAUCACAUAUUAAAGACAAUGAACAGGCAUUGUAUGAGUUGGUUAAGUGCAAUUUUGAUACUGAAGAAUCAUUACGAAGAUUGAGAUUUAAUGUAAAAGCAGCUAGAGAAGAAUUAUCUGUUUGGACAGAAGAAGAAUGUAGGAACUUUGAACAAGGGCUGAAAGUCUAUGGCAAGGAUUUUCAUGUGAUUCAGGCAAACAAGGUACGAACAAGAUCAGUUGGUGAGUGUGUUGCGUUUUAUUACAUGUGGAAGAAAUCAGAGAGGUAUGACUUCUUUGCGCAGCAGACCCGAUUUGGAAAGAAGAAAUACAAUCUUCAUCCUGGUGUAACAGAUUAUAUGGACCGUCUCUUAGAUGAAAGUGAAAGUGCUGCUUCCAGUAGAGCUCCAUCCCCUCCUCCUACAACUUCCAACAGCAGCACCAGCCAGUCUGAGAGGGAAGACAGUUCAACCAGCAACAGUAAUCAGAAUGGGGUGUCCACUAAUGGGCCAGGUGAGAUACCAAAUAAAGAUGAAGCAAAAAUUGAAGGAUUGCAUGUCAAUGGACCUAUCAGUGGUAAGAAAACACCUCAUACAGAUCAGGACACAAAUGGGUAUGAGACAGAAAACCUUUCUGUUGACCCUAAAGUUGCUCAUUCAACUUCAAGAAAUGAAAAUGAUUUUGAAGAAAAAAAUGAAAGACCUCUAAAGAGAAGAAGAAUUAACAGCAAUGGAAAAGAGAGUCCUGGUUCUUCAGAGUUCUUCCAAGAAGCAAACUCACAUGGGAAGCUUGAAGAACUAGAAACUUUGGAUGACUGAAUAAUAGGAGCUGAUUUUAUUCCUUGGAGUAAAUUUUGGGUGUCUAAAAUUUUCAGGGUUGAUGGGUUACCUUACAAAAUCCAGUUCCAUAAAACAAUCUGUUGAGAUUUUUCUAAUACCUUUUAGUUGGCUCUUAAGAUCUGAUUAUUUGUUUUUCAGUGCUGAAAACCAAUAGGAGGAUGUUCUGUUUCUCAGAGCUGUCAACAUCACUAGUUCUGGCAAUAUUAAGGCUCUUAAAAAUACUUGAGAAACAAAUCAGUGAAUUUGUGCAAAAAAACUCCCAGCCUAAUACAUUAAAGAAACUUCUAUUUAUAUACACUAUUUAAGCAUUGUACAACUGAACAAAGCAUCCUAUUUGAAUUAGUUAGCUGCUUCAAAUUUCAAUUUUUUGCGGAAAGUUAAAAUGAAAUACAGAAUUCCAAAACAUACAUCAGAAUAGACAUAAAGGCUUUUAUUCAUUUUAAGUGGAAAAGUGAUACCCCAUUGUUAAGGAACCCUUAUGAAUCCUGAAAGUUAUGAGCACAACUAUUUUUAUAUAUAGAAGUUUUAAAACGUAAAUAAACCAAGUCAGGUUUGUAUAUGUAAAAUUGUUGACAUCAAUGAUGUCUUUCCAUAUUCUUAUCUGGGCUAAAGAAAUACAUUCUGUAUUUUUCCAGAUUUCUUUGUAGCCUUUGAAAGAUUUUUACAGUACUUAUGUCUUGAUUGAACUGUCCUUUCUUAAAACAAAAGCUUGUAUAAUUUUCUUAACUUGUACAGUUGGUAAACUUUUAUGAGAGAAUUGAUAUCCUGAGUCUAAUGUCAGCUUCAUUUUAUUUUGCUAAAGUCUUUUCUAAAAAAAGAAAGAAACCCAAACCAAACCAAACCAGUUAAAAAAAAAAAACGUAUUAUUCACCACCAUGCUAUUUUCUCCUCAGAAAACAGUACAGUAAACUGUUAACAUCAAGAGUGGUUAGAAGUCAUAUUUUGAAAAAUCUGAAUUCAUAUUUCUGUUUUAUGGCAAAUAGUGAUGCUUAGAAUUUGUUAAGCGUGAUGCUUGCAUUGCACAAAUUUUCUUGCUUUCAUUAUACAUUUUCUCAUUUUAUUUUUUGAGCUCAGAUAAAAUUUAUGUUAGCCAAAUGUUUAAAUUUACUAAAUGGAUGUGCAACUGGUUAUCUGGUGCCUGAUGUAGAAUUUCUGGAAACUAAUGGACCUUGCCUGAAUGAGUAUUUCAGUGGGAGCAGAAACAUCACAUAUAAAUAUUUGGUAUAGCAUGCAAUAUAUAUAUAUAUAUAUAUAUAUAGACACACACAAACACAUACAUACACUAUAUAUAUGUGUGUGUGUGUGUAUUUAUGUGCAUGUGUGUAUAUAUACACACACUCAAGUAUAUAUACACGCAGGUAUGUAAGAGGUGGGAGUAGUUAUGUGUAACUGUUUUAAGAUAAAGUCCUAGGAACUAAAACUUUUUAUGAAUGGGGAUGAGGUGAGUUUGUGCUCACCUUUCCACUACCCUGAUUCAAAAGCUUUUGAAGUAGGGGGAUUACAUCCAUAAAGUAGAAGGAUUUUAAUUUUGAUGUUUUAUAACUUUUGUUUUAUAAGCCACAGCUACAUAUGCUACUAUAUUAAAAAUAGGGAAAAAAUGUUUUCUCUAUAUAAUUUAUAAACUUAGCUCCUCCUUCUGUGGCUUACAAGUGUACUGUUAAUUUUCAGUUGGUUAUUUUUACUUAAAUAAUUUUAAAGUUUACAUGAGUCUUCAGGAUUCUGGUUUUAAAUAUAUGAUCGUACGGUUUGAAACUUGAUAAAAAAAUGCUAAGGUUUUUUUUUUUCCUUUAUUUUUUCUAACUACAUAUACUUGGACUUUACAGUCAUUAAUGAGCCAAAUUCUCCAGAUCUUCAGCAUAUUUAGUUAUUGGAGUGUAUUAACCUACUGUUCCCAGAAAUGGUUUGAAUGAUCUGUUUUAACUGGUUCUGCUGACUUGAGGGAGUGAACAUCUAGUGAGAGUUGAAUAGCAAUUCAAGUGGAGAGGCACAGAAGUAAGACUUGUUAAUCCAUGGCCUGCAUUAAUCUUGUUGAGUGAUUGCUUUAGGAAGAGGUCACCGUUAAAAAUUAAAUCUGGUUUUUAAUAUCCAAAGUAUCACAGCCUUAUAUCAAAGAUGGUCAGUAUAGCGCUUCGGAAUGAGGGUAGUGCAGUGCUUCUAAGAAUCUUUGCAGCUAGAGUCCUGUUUUCAGUUUUAUUUUAUGCGUUUUUGUUUGCAAGUUGGAAAUACUUCCCAAAAAAAUAUAGGAACGUUUAUAAGUAAGUAAGUAAACUGUCUCAGGCUUGUGUGUAAAAUAUAGCACUGUGUAUAUUUUCAGGAAUGUUGCUUUGUUUUUUUAAUCUUACCUUUUUUUUUGGUGAUACCUAGAAGAGACCUGACAUUCCAUAAUCAACCAGUAUAUAAUGCUCAGCUAGAUUUUUAAGAAUAUUAUUUAAUUAUAAUUUACAUUUCAUUUAUGCAGGAUGUUUUAUACAAUACUUGGUUCAUGUUCUUCAAAAUACAGCCACUAUAACUUGAUAAGUCAUUGCACUACUAGAACUAUUUAAAAAUCUAGAAAUAUAUUAAAUUUGAUUUUGUUUUAAAAAGCAUUCAGUACAGUUUGGAGCCCAGGAAUGUUUGAACUUGCUUCCAAACUGCAUUGAGAAAGGCAGCAGCUUGCAUGUAACAUGUAUAUUUUUCAAGCACUAUCAUGAUGUGUCCAGCUGGAUCAGGUGUCCUGUUUUCAUGAAGUGCUUUAAGAGUGCAGCCUGAAUUGAAAACGCAGUUCAACAGAAAAAUCUUUGUUGGGCUUCAAAAAGGAUUUAAAGUGAUAUUAAAAGAAAUUACAAAUUAGUUUUUAUACAUUUUUUUCCACGCAUAGUAAUUUUGCACUGUUAGUAAUUCCCUCUUACCCCCCAUUCCCUGUCUGCAAUUCUGAAAAAGCUUAUUAAAAUAUUUUUUUAAACAUU